UGCUUGAUAAUACAUAAAAGAAAUUAAGAUGGAGGGUCUCUUUUUCUUUUAUUCACUUGUCUGUUUAGUCUUUCUAGGUCGAAGCUUUUCUUCAUCCUCUGUUCAUCAUCUUUGCUCUCCCACAGAAGCUUAUGCAUUGUUUCAGUUCAAACAAUCCUUUCAAAUUUCUGACUACUUUAGUUGUUGGGAUGAUGAAUCCCGGCAUUAUGAUUACCCAAAAACAAAGUCUUGGAAUGAAAGUAGGGAUUGCUGCAGUUGGGAUGGAGUCACUUGUGACUUAUUAAACGGUCAUGUUAUCGGGUUAGACCUUAGUUGUAGUCUGCUUCCUGGAAGUAUUCAUCCCAAUAGCAGCCUCUUCCAACUUCAUCAUCUCCACACACUGAACCUUUCUUACAAUUACAUAAGCCAUCUAGAACAAUUUCAUUAUGAUAGUCUGGAGUCUCUUGAUCUUAAAUUUAACUUCCUUCAGGGUCCACUACCUUCAUCCAUAUGUAACCGAAGGAGCCUCAGAAUACUGAAUUUAUCACGCAACAACUUCAGUAACUCGAUUCCAAAUUGCUUGGGAAGCAUGGCUAAGCUAACGGUGUUGGAUUUGAGAAGUAACAAUUUCAGUGGGAGUCUUCCACUGUUAUGUACUCAAAGCACUUCAUUGACGACCAUUGUCUUGAAUGCUUGGCUUGGAACUCUUGAAGAGCUACAAGUCCUUAUAUUAAAGUCGAACAAGUUCCAUGGACCUAUAAGUGCUAGAGAGAAGUUUGGAUUUCCCCAGUUGCGAAUUUUUGAUCUCUCUCAUAAUGCAUUCAAUGGCUCACUGCCUGCAGAUUUUUUUAGAAACUUCAAGGCAAUGAUGAAAAAUGGCACAGACAAAAGUGACAUGAGGUUGGUGAUCAAAGGAAACGAUAUGGAUCUAGAAAGAAUCAGCACAAUUGAUACAGCCAUAGAUCUCUCAUGCAACCAUUUUGAAGGUGAAAUUCCAAAAUCACUAAAGGAUCUCAGCUCACUUAGGCUACUCAAUUUAUCCCAUAACAGUCUCAAAGGUUCUCUUCCAAUGGAAUUGGGGAAAUUGAAUACACUUGAAGCGUUAGAUCUCUCUUGGAAUCGGCUCACUGGAAAGAUUCCACAGGAAUUGACAGCAAUGAACUUUCUGGAGUUCUUAAACCUCUCUCAAAAUCAUUUCGUUGGACGCAUUCCUCAAGGUUCACAAUUCAGCACAUUUGAAAAUGACUCAUAUGGUGGCAACCUUGAUUUAUGUGGUCCUCCUUUAUCAAAGCAAUGUGGAACAAGUGAUUCAUCGCAUGUUCCUCAACCAUUGGAGGAAGAAGAAGAAGAGUCCUAUUUUUUUAGUGGAUUUACGUGGGAAUCUGUAGUCAUAGGCUACAAUUUUGGACUCGUUGUUGGAACUAUCAUGUGGAGUCUCAUGUUUAAAUAUCGUAAGCCAAAAUGGUUUGUGGAAUUUUUUGAUGCACUCAUGCCUCCCAAAAGGAGGAGAUCAUUCCUCCUCAAUUUAUCUCAAUUUAUCUCGUCUUUGCUUCAGUUCAAGCAACACUUUGAAAUAUCCGAAGAGUACUCUAGACAUUAUAGCACUUCUCUACCAAAAACAUCGUCUUGGAGUGAGAGUACAGAUUGCUGCAGUUGGGACUGGAUCACUUGUGACAUGUUAACUGGUUAUGUUAUUGGCCUAGACCUUAGUAAUGCAAAUCUUAGCGGAACUAUUCAUCCCAACAGCAGCCUCUUCCAUCUUCAUCGUCUUCAGACGCUAAACCUUGCUUACAAUAACUUAUCUGGUCUCAUUCCUGAUUACAUUGGCAAUAUCACACAAAUUAGAGAGUUGGAUUUUGGUUCCAAUCAUUUCACUGGCCAUAUUCCUUCAACAAUCCCAAAAUUGAAACAUCUCACACGUCUAGAUCUUUCGUUUAACUCACUUGGAGGUAAAAUUCCCAAUGUUUUCUCUAACCUCCAAGAGCUAGUUUCAUUGUAUCUUUCUUACAACAGCUUCAUCGGUCCAUUUCCCUCUUCGAUUUUAACAUUGACACGUCUUGAAAACUUAGACUUGUCGAGUAAUUCCCUAUCCGGUCCGUUACCAAACAAUGUCAGCAUGCUUCUAAAGCUAGUUGACCUGGAUUUUUCUCACAACUCACUAAAUGGAACAAUACCAUCUUGGGUGUUUAGCCUCCCUUCUUUAUAUAUGUUGGAGCUCCAUCAUAAUCUAUUCAAUGGACUAUCCGAUGAGAUCAAAGUGAAUCGAGCAGUAGGGCGUUUAGAUUUGAGUUAUAAUCAACUCAGUAGUCCUGUUCUUCGAUCACUUCAGAAUCUCACAAACCUUGUAAACCUUGACCUUUCAUCAAACAACAUCACCGUUGAUGGGGGAACAGAAAUCUCUUUUCCUAGACUAGAAAUUUUGCGGUUUUCAUCUUGUGAACUGAAGGAUUUUCCACAGUUUCUAAGAAAUCUAAAGACACUUCGGGUCAUAAAUCUUUCUAACAAUAAGAUUCGUGGUCAAAUCCCUAACUGGUUUAGCGGAAUGAGGUGGGACUCUUUGUUUCACCUAAACCUUUCAUAUAAUUCACUCAACGGUCACAUAGAUCUAUCUCAUUUCUAUGGUCUAGUGUCUCUUGAUCUUAAAUCUAACUUCCUUGAGGGUGCACUACCUUCAUCUAUUUGUAACAUGAGUAUCAUUAGCCUUUUGGAUUUAUCACACAACUACUUCAGUAACUCGAUUCCAAGUUGCUUGGGUAACAUGACUCAGCUAACGGUGUUGGACUUAAGAAGGAACAAUUUCAGUGGGAGUCUUCCACCGUUAUGUAGUCAACACACUUCAUCGACUAACACUAUACUGAACGGUGAUGGUAAUCAAUUGACAACCAUUAUCUUGAAUGGUAAUCAUUUCGAAGGACAUGUCCCUGUGUCGUUACUCAACUGUGUUGGUUUAGAAGUUCUUGAUAUUGGGAAUAACGCUAUAAAUGAUACAUUUCCAGCUUGGCUAGGAACUCUUCAAGAGCUGCAAGUCCUUAUAUUAAAGUCGAACAAGUUCCAUGGACCUAUAAGUACUAGGCUGAGGUUUGAGUUUCCCAGGUUGCGGAUUUUAGAUCUCUCUCAUAACGAGUUCAGUGGCUCACUGCCUGCAGAAGUUUUUCAAAACUUCAAAGGAAUGAUCAAAACAGAUGACAGUGACAAAGGUAAGAUUGAAUAUAUGAAAACACCAGACUCAUUUUUUGUUAUGUACGAUGAUUCAGUGAGGUUGGUGAUCAAAGGAAACGAUAUAGAGCUAGAAAGAAUCACUACAAUUAUGACAGCCAUAGAUCUCUCAAGCAACCAUUUUGAAGGUGUGAUUCCGAAAACACUAAAGGAUCUCAGCUCACUUUGGCUACUCAAUUUAUCACAUAACAAUCUCAGAGGUGAUAUUCCAAUGGAACUAGGAGGAUUGAAUAUGCUUGAAGCGUUAGAUCUCUCUUGGAAUCAACUCACUGGAAUGAUUCCGCAACAAUUGACAAGGCUAACCUUUCUGGCAUUCUUAAACCUCUCUCAAAAAUCACCUAGUUGGACGCAUUCCUCAAGGUUCACAGUCAACACAUUUGAAAAUCGCUCGUAUGGUGGCAACAUUGAUUUAUGUGGUCCUCCUUUAUCAAAGAAAUGUGGAACGGGUGAUCCAUCGCACAUUCCUCAACCAUUGGCGGGAGAAGAAGAGGACGAGACAUAUUUUUUUAGUGGAUUUACGUGGGAAUCAGUAGUCAUAGGCUACAGUUUUGGACUUGUUGGAACUGUUGUGUGGAACCUCAUGUUGCCAAAACGGUUUGUAGAAUUUUUCGAAGGCAUUACUCCCCACCAAAAAAGAAGGCCAAAGAAGAGAGCUCAAAGAAGACGGACUUGA